AUGGCCGCCAUCGCACCGCCCAGCAAGACAAAGUACCUCACUGUCCCAGAGACAGCGACAAAGAAGGACCAGCUCAAGGUCUUCUCAAAGGACGAGGUUGCAAAGCACAACAAGGAGGAUGACCUCUGGAUCAUCGUUGACGGCGCCGUCUACGACCUGUCCAAGUUUGUCGACUUGCACCCGGGAGGCGCGCAUGUCCUCGUCCAGGUCGCGGGCAAGGACGCCACCGAGGCCUUCUUUGGCAUGCACCGCAGCGACGUCCUCGUCAAGUAUGGCCGCUACGUGAUUGGCACGGUCGAGGGCCAGAAGCCUCGCGUGAUCCUCCCGACGCCGGGCACGCUCUCUCCCGUCCCUUACGCCGAGCCGAGCUGGCUCUCUGAGGGCUACUACUCGCCCUACUACAAGGACUCGCACCGCUCGCUCCAGAAGUUUAUGCGCAAGUUUGUCGACGAGGAGGUCAAGGACGAUGCCAACAUGCACGAGCUGGACGGCAAGAGGCCCACGGUCGAACUCAUCCAGAAGAUGGGCAAGCUGCACAUCAACGCCAUGCGCAUGGGCCCGACCAAGCUUCUGCACGGCUUGACCCUUCCCGGAGACGUCAAGGGCGACGAGUUCGACUACUUCCACGAGCUCAUCGUCACCCAGGAGCUCUCGCGCAUCGGUGCUCGCGGUUACGCCGACGGUCUCCAGGGCGGUAUGGUUAUCGGUCUCCCUCCCGUCAUGAACUUCGGCUCGGACAAGCUCAAGAAGGAGAUCAUCCCCGACGUCCUCGCCGGCAAGAAGUGGAUCUGCCUCGCCAUCACCGAGGCCUUUGCCGGAUCUGACGUCGCGGGAUUGAGGACCACGGCCAAGAAGACGCCGGACGGCAAGCACUACAUCGUCAACGGUACCAAGAAGUGGAUCACCAACGGCCACUUUGCCGACUACUUCUCUACCGCGGUCAACACGGGCAACGGCCUCUCGAUGCUGCUGAUCCCGCGCGGCGAGGGCGUCGAGACCAAGCAGAUCAAGACGUCGUACUCGACGACCGCCGGGACCGCCUACGUCACCUUUGACAACGUCAAGGUCCCCGUUGAGAACCUCUUGGGCAAGGAGGGCAAGGGUCUCUUCGUCGUCCUCUCCAACUUCAACCACGAGCGCUGGGUCAUGUGCUGCGGCAGCGUUGCCGGCUCGCGCAUGAUCGCCGAGGAGUGCAUGAAAUGGGCCCACCAGCGCCGCGCGUUCGGCAAGCCCCUCAUCACCCAGGCUGUCAUCCGCGCCAAGCUUGCGAGCAUGUUUGCCAAGAUCGAGGCGCUCCAGGCGUACCUUGAGAACCUCACUUUCCAGAUGACCCACAUGACCUACGCCCAGCAGGCCGACAUCCUCGCCGGCCCGAUCGGUCUCCUCAAGGCGCAGUGCACCCGCGUCGCAGGCGAGAUUGCCGACGACGCCGUCCAGAUUCUCGGUGGUCGCGGUAUCACGCAGGGCGGAAUGGGCGUCUAUGUCGAGAGGUUCCAGAGGACGCAGAAAUUCGAUGCGAUCCUUGGUGGUGCCGAAGAGGUCCUGUUCGACCUCGGCGUCAGGCAGGCCUCGCGCAAGAUGCCCCAGGCUGUCCUCUAA